AUGAACCGCACUCAACGUGAUUUGAUACUGCUGGCCGCAGGCAUCGGCGUCGGGGUUGGCCUCGGCAUGCUGCUGGCGCCCCGCAGCGGACAGGAGACCCGACUGGCCUUGACUCGCAGCGCCAAUGAGGCCGUCGGUCGCGGCCGCGGUUAUUGGGAGCGCAUUCGCAGCCGGAUCGCCGCCGGCGAAAGCGACGAACAGUUGGACACCGAAGAGUAG